CCAAGGAUCAUUAACAUUAAUUAAAUAUAAUAAUGAGCAAAAUCCAAUCCAAUACCAUCACUUCCCAAACAUAAUACCUAACCGUCACCGGAAAACAUGGAUGAAGAAUCACCACCACCCACCACCACAACCACCACCACCACCACCCCACUCCUCCACCACCACCCCUACCACCCAAACUGGUGGCGCCAAAUCCCAACAAACACCAUCACCUCCCUCACCUUCCACAAAACCACCUUAUGGUCCGAACUCGGUGGCUCAGUAGGCGACCUCGGGACCUACAUCCCAAUAGUCCUAGCCUUAACCCUCGUCUCAAAACUCGACCUCAGCACCACCCUCAUCUUCACCGCCUUCUACAACAUCAUCACCGGCCUCCUUUUCGGCAUCCCUAUGCCGGUCCAACCCAUGAAAUCGAUCGCCUCUGUAGCCAUCUCAGAAACCCCACUCCUCACCCUCUCCCAAAUCGCCGCUGCCGGUAUCGGUACCGCUUCCGUUCUCCUCUUCCUCGGCGCCACCGGCCUCAUGUCGUUUCUUUACAAGUUCAUCCCGUUGCCCGUUGUUCGCGGCGUCCAGCUCUCCCAAGGCCUCUCGUUCGCCUUCACCGCGAUUAAAUACGUCCGGUACGAGCAGGACUUUGCCGCGAACAAACAGGGCGACGCCCGCCCGUGGUUUGGACUCGACGGGCUGGUUGUAGCGGUUUCCGCUAUUGUUUUUUUAAUUAUCACUACCGGCUCUGGUGAAACGUAUGAUAAUAACGCUUCACCAGAAGCCGGUAAAGUACGUAGACGGUUACGGAUGCUUUCAUCCGUACCGUCUGCCCUCAUUGUUUUCAUAACCGGAAUAAUAUUAUGUUUUGUUAUAGACCCCACAAUUUUUGAAAACUUACAAUUAGGUCCCUCGAAGUUUCAUGUUUUGAAAAUCACCUGGGAUGAUUUUAAAACCGGGUUUAUCCGGGGAUCGGUACCGCAAAUCCCGCUUUCGAUACUGAAUUCGGUUAUUGCGGUUUGUAAAUUAUCCGAUGAUUUGUUUCCGGAGCAUGAGGCGUCGGUUACUGCAGUGUCUGUUAGUGUGGGAAUGAUGAAUUUGGUGGGGUGUUGGUUUGGGGCUAUGCCGGUUUGUCACGGUGCGGGUGGGUUAGCGGGUCAGUACCGGUUUGGUGGGCGAACCGGUGCUUCGGUUUUGCUCUUGGGAGUUGGGAAAUUGGUGCUAGGGCUCUUGUUUGGGAACUCGUUUGUGAGGAUUUUGAAUCAGUUUCCGGUGGGGAUUUUGGGGGCGUUGCUUUUGUUCGCGGGGAUAGAGUUAGCUAUGGCGUCGAAGGAUAUGAAUACGAAAGAAGAAUCGUUUGUUAUGUUGGUGUGUGCGGCUGUAUCGCUCACUGGGUCGAGUGCUGCUUUAGGGUUUGUGUGCGGGAUCGUGUUGUUUUUGUUGUUGAAAUUGAGGGAGGUCGAUUGUGCUCUGGAUAAUGGCGAUGAUGAAUAAACAAUAAAAAAGUAAUAUCUCUCUCACAUGUUGGGUAUGUUAUAAUAUAUAUUGUUUAGGUCUGUAAGACCGAUGAAGUUUAUUUGAAGGCUCGAGCUUGUAUAAGCUACGUUUCAGUUACAUUUUAAUCGGUUUAGUUCAAGUAGAUAAUGAGUGAUAUCAAUUGGUUAGACUUCUAUUUU